AUGGCCAAGAAGAACAAGCCUCAACGCGUCAGUGUCACGCGCCCCGGCACGAAAUCCAGACGUUCCCAAAUGAAUUCUCAUGAUAAAGACGGUGCACCUCCCUCGCCCCCGCCCACCAACCCUGAGACCGUACCACCUUCGGGACAUGACGAUAUUGAGGAAGAGGAUGACGACGAGGAUACAGAUGAUACCAACCAAGACUCGGACAUGCCCCUACGCCAAGACACUCAGGGUGCCGUAACAGCCCUGUCCCCACCCAAACCUACUUUCGAUCCGCGUAUUAAAGCUGUCCCCGAGAAACUUCAGUUUUAUCUUCAGCCCAACGCGAAUUUAGAAAAAAAACCUAGUACGAUGGCUACCUUACUUGCGAUGAUACAACAUUUCUUCCCUUCGUAUAAACCCCCGAGUCGCCACUCAAAAGCAUUCUUGAUCCGUGCCUAUACUGAAAAAGUGGUCCCCAUCAUUUUGGUAUACAUCAAUUCAAUUACCGCGGAGAAGGAAGAAAGUGGAGACGUCGAGAUGGCAGGCCCAGAAAAUCUCAAUCUACUACCUCUAACGGGACUCAAUCCAUACAACUCGAAUAUCACGAUAGACAUAAUCCUCGAUUUAAUAACUAAACAAUACGGAUCAAAGCUUCAAAUCCCGGACAAAGUGAACAAAGCGUCUGCGAUUGGCUUCUAUCACAAGUAUCUCUGUCCCGCUCCCAUCGGCGGUUACCCUGCGCCCUUCACAACCUAUCCCCAUCCUGUUCCAAUGCCGUACCACAAAUUGCUCAAUCGCGGUGAACUACGAUACAGCCUUCAAUGGCAUUGUCCGAACGUCUUCGUGCCUAUCAACCCUGCCAAGACGUCCCUCGAAGGAGUUUAUGCGCAAUUCCUCCACCCAACCACAAAGUUCCACCCAACCGCAAAGUUCCACCCAACCGCAAAGCUCCACCCAAUCACCAAGUUCAACCCAAACACCAAGUUAGCUCCACCCGAUCUGCAAAGCGCCACCCAAUCUGCAACGCUCAACCCUAUCUGCAUAAGCCACCCGAUCGCCAAGUCACCUGCGUCCUAUCUGGACUGCUCGUUACCAAUCACGCGACGUCAUCAACUUGAAGAUCAGGCGGCGAGUGAGGCACUGUCCUCAGUUACUAACCCCGAAAGUUCACCUGUCGACGAGGUUAAUUCAUUCGAAGACCGCGUCAAUCAAGAGCGGGGUUAUGGACGCAUCGCUGUUUCGUCAACAGCGCGUCGUCAUCAACUGGAUGAUCAGGCGGCGAGAGAGGCACUUUCCUCAGUUAAUAACCCCGAAAGUUCCCCCGUUAUUGAGGAUAAUUCAUUCGCAGACCGCGUCAAUCAAGAGCCGGAUGAGGCCCUGGCUUCCGUGACACAAGCUUUGACAUUGAAUCGGAUGGUUCCCGUUCCCGUUGAGCCUUCACAAGCAGUUUAUAAUUCAGCACAAUGGUUGAUCCCUACGUUUGAAUCAACACCGCCAGCUUUCACCUAUGCAGCGUUAAUUGCCACCAUGUUUGCGAUCCUCCGACCAAACUCAAACCACACCUGUGCUUGGCUCUUGAGAAGGCAGCGCGAUCUCAUUGAACUCACCCUAACGCACCAACUCAAGACCAGUUUGUCGCAUCGUCCACUGAAAUUUACCGAAAGGAAUGAUCUUGACAAACUGCCCCGCGAUGCGGAUAACCUCGUAGAAAAAAAGGUGGCAUCCGAUGAUGACCAACCUGAGCAAUCUGACGACUCCAAUAGUGACCAGGGGUCCGUCGAUCCCGGGGUUUGCGGCCAGCCACUCUUCAAAUAUCGUGGCGCAAUGCCCUUGAUAAGUCACUAA